AUGUCUCCUCCCGCAUCUGCACAGUCGUUCGCGAUAGAAGAGAGUAACUCAAGACCCAACGGACUGGUCCGACAGUUCACGCACGAUGGCCGUGUGCUCGAGGCUCCAGGCGAGCGGCACGAGGAUGAAUUGGAUAUCGAGCAGGGCGCAGAGUCCGAGGACAAGCGGCCAGGCAUCGCCCUCAGCCGGACCAUAUCAUCUGGACCCCCCUAUACGAUCUUUGGACCUAGAGCAAAGAUGUUCAUCAUAAUAUCCGUCUCCGUCUCCUCCCUCAUAUCGCCCUUUGGCGCAACGACAUUCUAUCCAGCGCUGAACGUGUUGGCGAGGGAGCUGGACGUCACGCCUACGUUGGUCAAUCUUGCCUUGACCACGUACAUGAUCGCUCAAGCCAUUGCGCCGGCGAUAAUAGCUGGAAUGUCUGACGCCAGUGGUCGAAGAACAUCGUUCAUUAUCUGCUUCGUCAUCUACAUCGUUGCGAAUAUUGGGCUUGCGCUGCAGACCAAUUAUGCUGCGCUUCUCAUCCUGCGAAUGGUCCAAGCAGCCGGCUGCAGUGCUGCCAUCGCCCUCGCGAACGCUGUCGUCGCCGACAUAGCGACGAGUGCUGAGCGAGGACGUUACAUGGGUUAUGCGACUGCAGGCUUGCUCGUGGGACCUGCUUUUGGUCCGACCAUCGGCGGCGUUCUCUCCCAAUUCCUCGGCUGGCGAUCCAUCUUCUGGUUCCUCGUCAUCUUCACUACAGUCCUCUUAGUCGUCUUCACCCUCUUCUUUCCCGAGACCUGCCGCAAUGUCGUCGGCAACGGCUCCAUACCAGCCAAAGGCCUCAACCAAUCCAUCCUCGGCUACAUCCAGCAGCGACGGCACGCUCGCAGCAACGAGUCGAUACACGAUGACCAGUCCAUUGUCUCCACGCAGAGGAAGCGGAAAUUCACCUUUCCCAAUCCACUCACUACUCUCAAGAUCCUGGGUGAGAAGGAGAGUUGUAUCGUCCUGCUGUACAAUGGCUUCUUCUUCACCGGCAUGAUGAUCUGCGUCGCCAGUGUUCCCGACCUCUUCCAGCGGGUGUACCAUCUCAACGAGCUCGAAAUCGGCUUGUGCUACAUCUCACUCGGCGUGGGCAGCUUGGUCUCCGCAUUGACGAUGGGGCAUGUCGUGGACUGGAAUUUCCGCCGCUACGCCAGCCGGUUGGGCUUCGAGAUCAAGAAGGGCAAGCAGCAGGAUCUCGAGAACUUUCCCAUCGAAGUCGUGCGCUUCCAGGUCGUCCUUCCAGGUCAUGUCCUUGGAACCAUGGGCAUCCUUGUGUACGGUUGGACGCUCAAGUUUGAGACACACAUUGCUGGUCCGGAAGUGGCGCUCUUCUUCAUCGGCUUCGGUGUCUCGACCGCUUUCAACCUCACGAACACUCUGCUCAUCGAUCUGCACCGCGACAAACCAGCUACGGCCACAGCAGCGGUAAACUUCGUACGGUGCUUGCUCUCUGCCGCAGGAGCUGCUGCUAUCAUCCCAAUGUGCGAUGCCAUGAACCCUGGCUGGGCCUUCACCUUGCUCGCACUGAUAUACACAGUGUACAUCGUGCUGGUGUUCUGGAUCAUGAAAAGUGGGCAGCGGUGGCGGCAGGAGGCGGCGGCGAAGCAAAAAGCCAAGGAAGAGGAGAAACGGGCCAUAGAGGAAGCGGAGCUAGACAUUGAGAAGCAUUCAAGCGCGGAAGACACGCCCACGAGGCGAAAAUCGCAGGAGAAGCAGGAGGAAGCCGAAGGUCCGCCAGAGCGAUGA